CGGCGGCGCUUUGCGGCCCGGCGGCGAUGCUGGGCGGCAGCCGCGCUGCGCUGGGCCGGCUGCGGGGCUGCGGCGGGCGGCUGUGGCGGGGCCGGCGGCGGGCGGCGGGCAUGGCCGGCGGCGGGAUGGGCCAGCGCAUGGUCUGGGUGGACCUGGAGAUGACGGGCCUGGACGUGGAGAAGGACCAGAUCCUGGAGAUGGCGUGUCUGAUCACCGACUGCGACCUCAACGUGCUGGCCGAGGGCCCCAACCUGAUCAUCAACCAGCCCGACGAGCUGCUGGACGGCAUGUCCGAGUGGUGCAAGGAGCACCACGGGAAGUCUGGCCUCACCAAGGCUGUGAAGGAGAGCAAGAUUUCCCUGCAGCAAGCGGAGUACGAGUUCCUGUCCUUCGUGCGGCAGCAGACGCCCCCGGGGCUCUGUCCCCUGGCAGGUAACUCCGUUCACGCGGAUAAGAAGUUCCUUGACAAAUACAUGCCUCAGUUCAUGAGGCACCUUCAUUACCGGAUCAUCGACGUCAGCACCGUCAAAGAGCUGUGCAGGCGCUGGUAUCCAGAAGAAUAUGAGUUUGCACCAAAGAAGGCGGCGUCCCACAGCUGCGCGUUGCCGGCGUGCCAGCGCUGCCGCGCUCCUGCUUUCCGCGUACCAGCGAGUUCUGGUUCUGUUCUGGCAGAGCGCUCGAUGACAUCAGGGAAAGCAUCAAAGAACUGCAGUUCUACAGAGACAGCAUCUUCAAGAGGAAAACGGAUGAAAAGAAGAGGAAACUAAUAGAGAACGGAGAGAGCGACAAAACUGCCAGCUGAUCUCUCCCCGCGCCGCGCAGUGCCGCGCGCUGGCAGGCGCGGGAUGUGUCUCCUGGUUCUUUUCUGUUUGCCGGUCUCUCCAGAAGCUGCGCCCUCCGUUCCUUUGCUUCUCACCAGCUGCUCCGAUGCGGGAAGUUACGGCUUCUUCUCGGUUUGAGCGAGGAACCCGCACGCUCGAGCCCCAGCAGCCUCUUUCUUUGUACGUUGUAGGUAGAACACGCAGUUUGAUACUCCCUCUUUUAGAUGCACUCUUUCAGUACACAAUAAACAGUUCUGUUGA